CAGUUUUGGUGCUGAUUAAGUUAUUUAUUUAUUGUAAUCCCAACUAAACCCUUUUAUCUACCGUUAUCAUGUUCCGAAUUGUUGCUCUGCUUGCCGCCGUGACCGUGGCCCAGGCUGCGUACAGCUUGAACCCGGCUGGCCCAACCUAUGCUGGCAUUCACACUCCGGCAAUCACCAGCCAACAGUCCAACAUUCUUCGCAGCUACGGUAAUCUCGGCCAAAUCUCCACUUACUCCAAAACCAUCGAUACCCCGUACUCGUCUGUCAGUAAGUCCGAUGUGCGUGUGAGCAACCCGGGUCUGGCCGUUGGCCACGUUGCUGCUGCCUAUCCGGCCGUCGCUCCGGCGUUCGCCCAUCACGCUUAUACCGCUCCGGCCCUGGCCCACCCGGCCAUCUACGGUGCCCCUGCCGUCAAGGCUGUCGCUGCCACUCCCGCUCUCCUCGGUGUGGCUUACUCCGCUGCCCCGGCCGUUGCCCACAUGACUUACAGCAACGGACUCGGUAUCAACUAUGCCUGGUAAUCUUAUGAUUGGCUUCGAUGAAUUUAUGAUCACCAAAUGAAACGAACCGAGCAACCAGAAUAUUGCAUUUUCUCCUCGUGCAGCAACGCAUGGACAAUCUAAGUCAUCACAGUCAUUCAAAUGCAUCGCCACGCGCUGAUCAUUACCAUCUUUUCUUACUGUUAAUGUUGGCGAAAAUUUAUAGUGGAUCUUACAUAAC